UCUCUCUCUCUGGUUAUGGUUUUCGGUUUCGUAUUUGGAAAUCGAUACGAUAGAAUAAUACGGCCUACUAGUAGUAGCAGUAGCAGCAAGCAAUAAUGUAGAAAGCGUUGCGAAUAGAAAUUCUGUAAUUCGCUCACCAAAUACCAGAGAGAGAGAGAGAGACAGAAGAAGAAGAGGAAGAAGAAAGGCUGCGGUGUAGUGGCGGUGUUCGAUAAAAAGUCGAGCCCAGAACCAGACGUGAAUCCGGACUGAAUGCUUCGAACCCGGUUCGUGCUCCCCGUCGUGGUUGGCAACGUUUUGCGCGCGCGCGGAAGUCUGAUUCGUGCUUAGUUUGAUUGGUUCUCCUUAAUCGGUAUUGGGAUGUGUUUCUUGUGCAAGUGGGUUCGUUUCUGUUCUUCCCAAUGAAGGUGGUACAGGAUGAUAUGGGGUUUACACUGGUAUUCGAAGCUUACUCUGUGUAAAAUAUUAGAAUAAUGGGUUGUUUGUAAUGCAUGUUGAUGCUUGAACAAGCUUUUAGUUAUCCGGGUCAAGGAUAACAUCUGAUGAGGGCGGAGUAUCGAUUGCAAUCUAGGUUUUUCUUGCUACUGUGGCGCUUUUUCUGCAGGACAUUAGCAUAAAGUGCUGAAGGGUUCCCGAGUUGCAUGCAGAUAUUGUUGCCGAUCUUUUUUUGGCCCUUGAAAACGUUAUUGUUCAAAGGGUUUUGAGCUGCUAUGUUGUAUCUUUGGAUGGAUUAAAGGAAAAAACAUAUUGGAUCAAUGUUUAAAACAAUAGCAUCUGGACUUUCAAUUUUGUUUCUCCUCAAAUGCGUAUCUGCAACAGAUAAUGUGUUUCCCAGAUGUAACUGUGACGAUGAGGCCAGCUUGUGGACUAUUGAGAGUAUUCUGGAGUGCCAAAGAGUCAGUGAUUUGUUGAUUGCUGUGGCCUACUUCUCCAUACCCAUUGAGCUGCUUUGUUUUAUCAGCUGUGCGAUUGUUCCAUUCAAAUGGGUUCUUGUUCAGUUCAUUGCCUUCAUUGUACUAUGUGGAUUGACACAUUUGCUGAAUGCAUGGACUUAUGGUCCUCACUCUUUCCAGCUGAUGGUGGCACUUACAGUAUUUAAAACUCUUACAGCUUUGGUAUCAUGCGCCACUGCUAUUACUCUUAUGACUCUCAUUCCUUUACUACUUAAAGUGAAGGUCAGGGAAUUAAUGCUGAGGAAAAAGACCUCUGAACUUGGACGAGAGGUUGGUAUUAUUUUGAGGCAGAAGGAAGCUGCAAAACAUGUAAGGAUGCUCACUCGAGAGAUUCGCAAGUCACUUGAUAGGCAUACUAUUUUGUAUACCACCUUGGUGGAGCUGUCUGAAACACUUGGUUUGCAAAAUUGUGCUGUCUGGAUGCCUAAUUUUGAUAAAACAGAGAUGAACCUCACUCAUGAAUUGAAUGGGAGGAAUCUUAAUUUUUCUAUACCCAUUACGGAUCCAGAUGUUGUGAGAAUCAAGGCUAGUGAUGGAGUAAAUAUUCUUAGCCCUGUCUCAGCACUUGCUGCUGCCAGUAGCGGAAUUUCUUCUGAGGCAGGACCAGUGGCUGCAAUUCGGAUGCCGAUGCUUCGGAUUUGCAAUUUCAAAGGUGGAACUCCUGAGGGAAGGCAGCUAUGUUAUGCAAUAUUGGUUCUGAUUCUUCCUGGUGGAGAGCCAAGAUCUUGGAGGAAUCUGGAGCAAGAAAUAGUUAAAACAGUUGCUGAUCAGGUUGCUGUGGCUCUCUCUCAUGCUGCAAUCCUUGAAGAGUCACUCAUGAGAGAGCAAUUGGAGGAGCAAAAUCGAAUUCUACAACAGGCACAAAGGAAUGCUUUGAUGGCGAGUCAGGCAAGAAACUUAUCUCAGAAGGUCAUGAGUGAUGGAAUGAGAAGACCAAUGCACUCAAUUUUGGGUUUGCUUUCAAUUAUUCAAGAUGAGAAUAUGAAAAGCGAACAGAAACUCAUUGUGGAUGCGAUGCUGAGAACUAGCAAUGUCCUAUCAAACUGGAUAAAUGAUGCCAUGAACAUUUCAGCCAAGGAUGAUGGGGGAUUUCCAUUGGAGAUGAGAUCUUUUGGGUUACGUGCCAUAAUAAAAGAAGCAGCAUGUCUUGCUAAGUGUCUUUGUGUUUAUAGGGGCUUUGGUUUUAAAAUUGAGUGUGAAAAGUCUUUGCCUGACAACGUUAUGGGUGAUGAGAGAAGGGUCUUUCAGGUGAUUCUACAUAUGAUUGGGAACUUAUUGGAUGGUAAUCACCGAGGAGGGAUUCUUGUACUUCGUGUAUUCACAGAAAGAGGAAGUCAGGAAAGAAUUGACCAUGGGCGGACAACCUGGAGACCAAGCUCAUCUAGUGGGGAUGUACAUAUUAGAUUUGAGAUAGGGAUCAAGAGAGGCAAUUAUGAGUUGGAGAGUUCACUUUCUUUAGAAGUUGGUGGUAGGAAAUAUUCUAGUUGUAGGGAUGAAAUCAGGUUGAGCUUCAGCAUUUGCAAGAGGAUAGUUCAGUUGAUGCAAGGGAAUAUAUGGUUUGUACCAAAUACAUUAGGUUUUCCUCAAACCAUGGCCCUCGUUCUUCGGUUUCAUUUACGACCAUCCAUUUCUAUUUUCAUCUCUGAGCCUGGUGAAUCCUCUGAGCGCACAGAUUCUAAUUCUCUGCUCAGAGGUCUGCAAGUCUUGUUGGCUGACAAUGAUGAUGUAAAUAGAGCUGUGACACAAAAGUUGCUUCAGAAGCUCGGUUGUGUCGUAAUCUCAGUUUCUUCAGGAUUUGAAUGCCUUGCUGUCAUUGGACCUAGUGGAUCUUCCAUUCAAGUCAUUCUUUUGGAUCUUCAUAUGCCUGAGUUAGAUGGCUUUGAAGUUGCCACAAGGAUUCAAAAAUUUAGAAGCCGAAAUUGGCCAGUGAUUGUCGCCUUGACUGCAAGUGCCGAUGAAGAUUUGUGUGAAAGAUGUAUGCAAAUUGGUAUCAAUGGAGUUAUAAGAAAACCUGUUAUGUUGCAGGAAAUUGCCGGUGAACUUAGGAGGAUCCUGAUGCAUGCAAGGAAAUGAAGUCCUGUGAGAGGAGAGAGGUUGUAAAUUUAAAAACUGCAGCAUCAACAAGAUAAGUUGUUUUGGGCCAGUGUUAGUAGAAUUAUACACCAUCUUUUGCUCAUCCCUGCAAUACUCCACCCUAGAGAUUUUAUACAAAUUAAAUUUUUAUGAGGAAAAUUAUAUACAGACAAAUUAAAUUUUUAUGAGGAAAAUUAUAUACAGAUUAGUUCAAUAAGUUUUCAGUAUGUAUAUCAUAUAUAUAUAUAUAUAUAUAGCAUCUUCAGGAACAUCAAUACAGUCGGAAUUGAAGGAGGGGGAAAGCACUAGUUCAGGAUUACAGGAUUUAUUCAGGUUGAUGUUACUCACUUCACGUGCCCACAAUCUACAUCUGUUUGUCAAUUUCUGAGAUCUGUUUUUCAGUGGAACAAUAUUUUUGGUUUAUGUAAUGAACAAAUUAGUUAUGCAGAAAGUAAAAUAAUUACUGAAGUGAGUAUUUCUAUUA